CCACGAUCUAUUCCAGUUCCCGGAGUUGGCCUAAACAAUGUGUUUUAUCUUCCUCAAAUUUUUGGCUUAUUUAUCCCGAAUAACAUAGCUAUCGGUAAAGAAGAAAGGAAGAACCUCGCAAUUAUUGGGUCUUCUUUUAUUGGAAUGGAAAUGGCAGCGGUUUGUGCCAAAAAAGCUAAUGUCUCUGUUAUUGGCAUGGAAAAGGUUCCUUUUGAAAGAGUACUUGGUAUUGAGGUUGGAGGUGCAAUUCAAAAGCUGCAUGAAGCAAGCGGUAUCAGCUUUUAUUUGCAAUCUGGUGUUAAGGAAAUUGAGCCCUUGGAUAUUGAUCCUAGCAGAGGAGGUGCUGUAAUAUUAACAGAUGGAAGAAAGAUUCCCGCUGAUGUAAUAGUAAUCGGAGCAGGUGUAGCACCAGCAACUGAAUUUCUGAAAGGCUCACCAGGAUUUACAUUAGAAAAAGAUGGUAGUCUUAAAGUCGACGAGAAUUUCAAAAUUGAAGGGCUUUGUGACGUUUUUGCAAUUGGUGAUGUCGCAAGAUUAACAUACCAUAAGACCGGAGAGUCGAUCCGCAUUGAGCAUUGGUCGUUUGCCGAAAAUACCGGUCGAGCAGUCGCUGGAAUCAUUGCUAAAAAGCCGUCCGUUUCGUUCAAAAAAAUCCCAUACUUUUGGAGUAAUCAACUCGGCAAAGGAAUACGUUACGCUGGUUAUGCCAGUAGUUUUGAUGAUGUUAUUAUUCAAGGAAGUCUGGAAGAAUUUAAAUUUGCGGCGUAUUAUGCACGUGAUGAUAAAAUCUUGGCAGUUGCCACAAUAUCCAAAGAUCCUUUAGCUUCUCACAGUUCAGAACUGUUGAGGCUUGAUGCAUUUCCAUCGGCAACUGAAAUUAGAAAUGGGAAGAACCCUCUCGAUGUUCCCUUGAUAGCAAAAUCACGUUAA